CCAGGCGCCGGUGUCGACGGCCGGUGUGGACUUUUUUCCAGAGGUGAGAAGUAGAAACGUGUACUUUAUCGGGAGCGAGUGCACUUUUCCCCCUGGCCCCCCUUUGCUCUGCCUCCAAGAUGGUAGGAAAGUUGUCGUUUCGGAGGGCAGAGGAGCCACUCUCUGGUGUUAUGUCCUCGCAGUGCCUGUAGUGGUGCUGUAGGAGGCUGCUGCCUCUUCUUGUGCAGCCCCGGCAGCCCUGCCUUCUUGGCUGGAGAGUAUAUUCAGGGAUUUCCCCUUAAUAAUCACCGACCCUGGGAGCACUUUUUACUUUCCAAAAUAAAAAUAUGAUCCUCACCCCUCUUGCUUGACAGGGAAAGGCUCUCGCCGAAGCCCAGGGGGGAGCAGUAGCAGCAGCAGCCGAGCUUCCUAGUCCAUUGCCAGCGCCUCUCACUCUGAUCUGUCAGCCUAGCCGAGGGAAAAGGGGGGAAGGAGGAAAAAAAAAAAAAAAAAAAAAAAAAAAAAAAAAAAAAAAAAGCAGCUGAAAGGUAAGCAGAGGCGGCCCCAGGCCCGGCCCACAUCCCCGGGCUCCCGUAGGGCGGCGGGCUGGGCCGCGCAGGCAGGGCGGGCGGCGAGCGCGCUUACGUGAGGCCGGGGAUUUGCCGGCCCACGCCAGGCCCGGGGCGGAGAAUGAAAGGGUGAGUGGGGCCGGCGCUGGGGUGGCGGGGGCCUGGGGCCUACGGGCCUCGGGGCGUCCGCCGGCGGCGACCAAAGGCUGGCGGACGGGCGGGCGGGGGUCCCGCCGGGGCGGGAGCGGGCUGGGUGGCGCGGCCUGCGCGGGCCGGGGUGGGGGUGUGCGGCGGGAGGGGGCUCGCCGGCUAGGCCUCGGGCCGGCGGGCCCCGCGGCAGCCGCGCCCUGCCCCCGCACCCCGGGCCUGCACGCGCCCCCUGGAGUCCCCCGGGGCCUCCAAGCGGGACGGCGGCGCUGCGGGGCGGAAUCAGGCGCCGGCCCUGAGGCUCUCCCGCGGGGCGGCAGGCCCGGGCUGCCGGGACAGGGGCGUCAGGGCCUAGGAGUGGGGAAUGGGCGCCGGCCCCCCUUCCCCCUGGGUGUCUCGCAGACGCCCCCCGGAUUCCGAUGAGAAAACUUACCAGAUUUGAGCCCCAUCACUGAUUCCUACCAGAGCCAAUGAGUGAUCUCUACUGCUGCAUAAACUAUCCUUACCUUUCUAAUAAAUCAGAUGAGACAACUGAGAUUCAGAGAGGUUAAAUGAGUUUUUCAAGAUAACACAACAAUCUGCUUCAUCUCGAUUCAGCAGCAUUCCAAACUGUGUGGUAUCCUUGGGGUUCUCUUAACAUUGCUAUGGUGCAGAAAAUUUAAAAUCAGCUGAUGUUCACAAGGAAUAGAGUCACGUGAUGUAUGAAGGGAAACAUAUACACUUCUCUGAGGUUGACAAUAAGCCCUUGUGCUCAUAUAGCCCCAAACUGUGCAAGCAGCGGCGUCUCAACGGCUACGCUUUCUGUAUCAGACACGUUCUGGAGGACAAGACUGCCCCCUUCAAGCAAUGUGAAUAUGUGGCCAAGUACAACAGCCAGCGCUGCACCAACCCCAUCCCUAAAUCAGAGGAUCGUAGGUACUGCAACAGCCACUUGCAGGUACUUGGCUUUAUCCCGAAAAAAGAGAGGAAGAAAAAGAAUGAUCCUAUAGAUGAGGUGAAGGUCAGGCACCAAAUGGAUACCAUGGCCUUUAGCCUGACAGUGCCCACGCUGGCCUUGAAGAUGCCCAAUGGACUGGAUGGAAUGUCCCUCUCUCCACCCGGGGCAAGGGUCCCUCUCCACUACCUGGAAACUGAGUUAGAGGACCCUUUUGCUUUCAAUGAGGAAGAUGAUGAUCUGAAGAAAGGGGCAACUGUGAGAAAGAAGUUGCAGAGCAAGUUGGCCCAGAAUCGGCAGCGCCAGAGAGAGACAGAGAUUUUAAAAGUUCGACAAGAGCACUUUAGUCCCCCUCCUGCACCUUCCCAGCAGCAGCCUCCGCAGCAGCACUCCCACCUGUCACCUUUAUCCACUUCUUUAAAACCUCCAGCGCCACCGCAGGGUUCCGUCUGCAAGUCACCUCAACCUCAGAACACCAGCCUACCAAUGCAGGGAGUGGCCCCCACCACACACACUAUAGCACAAGCAAGGCAGUUGUCUCACAAGAGGCCUCUGCCCCUCCUGCCAUCCAGUAGGGCUCCUGUCGUGGACCCCCCCAGGACUGACCGGGUCCUUAUGAAAGCCACAGCCUUCUCUCCACACUUCUCUUGUAUAAGUCAACUGCAGAGACUGGUGAAACUGUGCACCCAAAAGCAUCAGUUGGACACUGAUCUGUUUCCCCACUUAGGGUUGGACUGGUCUGAAGAAAGCGGAGAGGAACUGGAGGACUCAGAACAGGCCUCACCAUACCAGGUUGCAUGGUCUAUCCGAGAAACCCUCAGAUAUGAAAGACACACGCCAAAUGACGAUGAUGCGGAGAGUAGGAGCUCCAGGGUGACCCAACUUUGCACUUACUUUCAGCAGAAAUACAAGCACCUCUGCCGCCUGGAACGGGCAGAAUCUCGUCAAAAGAAAUGCCGUCAUACAUUUAGGAAAGCAUUGCUGCAGGCGGCCAGUAAAGAACCCGAAUGUACUGGUCAGUUAAUGCAAGAACUGCGGAGAGCUGCAUGCACUAGAACCAGCAUAAGCCGGACCAAGUUGAGGGAGGUGGAACCAGCAGCAUGCAGUGGAACCAUGAAGGGGGAACAGUGCACUAACAAAGCCCUUCCAUUCACCAGACAUUGUUUCCAACAUAUCCUCUUGAACCGCUCUCAGCAGCUUUUCUCCAGUUGCACCGCCAAGUUUGCAGAUGGACAGCAGUGCUCUGUGCCAGUUUUUGACAUUACACAUCAGACACCUCUGUGUGAAGAACAUGCCAAAAAAAUGGAUAAUUUCUUGAGAGGAGAUAACUCCCGUAAAGUUCAGCACCAGCAGCAGAGGAAACCCAGGAAAAAAACCAAGCCUCCUGCACUUACCAAAAAACAUAAGAAGAAGAGAAGGCGUGGACCUCGUCGACCCCAGAAGCCCAUCCCCCCAGCAGUCCCCCAGGGGAACCUCAGCAUGCCCACCAGCGUCUCACUGCCAGUGGAGGCCUCUCAGAUCCGGAGCCCAUCCACGCCAGAGCUGAGUGCUGACGAGUUGCCGGAUGACAUUGCCAACGAGAUCACCGACAUUCCACACGAUUUGGAAUUGAACCAGGAGGACUUUUCAGACGUCCUGCCACGGCUACCUGAUGACUUGCAAGAUUUUGAUUUUUUUGAAGGAAAGAAUGGAGACCUCCUCCCGACGACCGAAGAGGCUGAGGAGCUUGAACGGGCCCUACAGGCCGUAACUUCUCUCGAGUGCCUGAGUACCAUUGGGGUACUUACCCAGUCAGACGGUGUACCAGUCCAGGAGUUGUCAGAUAGAGGAAUAGGGGUGUUCUCCACAGGUACUGGAGCUUCAGGAAUCCAGUCCUUGAGCCGAGAAGUAAACACGGACUUAGGGGAGCUAUUAAAUGGGCGUAUAGUACAUGAUAAUUUUUCUAGUCUAGAGCUGGACGAGAACCUGCUCCGUUCUGCUACCUUGUCUAACCCACCUACACCCCUGGCAGGGCAGAUCCAGGGGCAGUUCUCUGCCCCAGCCAACGUUGGCCUUACUUCUGCCACUCUGAUGAGCCAGAGUGCACUUGGGGAGAGAGCCUUCCCAGGACAGUUUCAUGGACUUCAUGAUGGCAGCCAUGCCUCCCAGAGGCCACAUCCUGCCCAGCUGCUGAGCAAGGCAGACGACCUAAUCACCUCACGACAGCAAUACAGCAGUGAUCAUUCACACUCCUCGCCCCAUGGAAGCCAUUAUGAUAGUGAGCACGUGCCGUCUCCCUAUAGUGACCAUAUCACCUCUCCCCACACAACAUCUUACUCUGGUGAUAAUAUGGCAGCUACCUUUUCAGCAGAGAUGCCCAUCAUGGCGCAGCACUUGCUCCCAAACCAACUUGAGGUGCCACUUGGAGGAGUGGUAAACCCUAGAACUCACUGGGGUAAUCUCCCUGUCAACCUUGGAGAUCCCUCUCCAUUUAGCAACCUUCUUGGCGCAGAUGGACAUCUUCUUUCCACUUCCCUAUCCACGCCACCCACCACUUCGAACUCAGAGACCACACAGCCUGCCUUCGCCACCGUGACCCCCAGCAGCUCCAGCGUGCUUCCGGGGUUACCGCAGACCAGCUUCAGUGGCAUGGGGCCUUCUGCUGAACUAAUGGCCUCCACCUCUCCCAAGCAGCAACUCCCUCAGUUCAGCGCAGCCUUCGGCCACCAGCUGAGUUCUCACAGUGGCAUUCCUAAGGACCUGCAGCCCAGCCACAGCUCUAUAGCCCCUCCUACAGGCUUCACAGUAACAGGUGCCACAGCUACAAGUACCAAUAAUGCAUCUUCUCCCUUUCCCUCCCCUAACUGAGCGUGUCUGUGUGUUUGCAGCAGGUGGGGAACCCGGUAUUUUCUAUCUUUGUUUCCUCUUUAGCUUCCCUUUCCUCUUUUCCUAAAGAAGACUUAAAAAAAGCAGAUGGGAAUUAGAGGGGCACCCCCUUCCCAGUCCAACAGGUAGCCAGGCAGUGGACCUUGCUUCAGUGUUCACAUGUGCUUCUUAGCACUGGUGCUCAUUCCCUCCUGGCAGGUCCACUUGGCCCUGGUGGUUUCCUUGGUGGUUCAGCACAUUGACUGGAUAGGAUCGAUUUUUAGCAGCAAGCCCUAGAAGUGGAAGAUACCUCAGAUUACCAGUGCCCUUUACUAUUUCCUAGGAUUCAGAUCAGUGCUUUCCAUUCUAUAGCCAGGUUUUUACAUAGGUGGUUCUAAAUAGAAUGAUCCUAUUAAGUGAGUUCCUGUGUAGGAGAUAACUGGUGGUGUGUGGAGGCAGGUCAAGGCCCUGACUCAGCACCAACUGCCAAACACCACCCAGAGGCCAGGAUGCCAUUCCUAAUCGUGAUCAUGGUUAACUAAAAAGAAAAAAAUUGUCUUUUGACCACCUGUGAGUGUGUGUGCACCCAUGUGUGUGUUUUGUGCAGUGCAGGAAGUAGCUAUUCCAUUGGUUUGUUAUUUUUUUUUUUUUAACCCCUGUAAUAAGGCUCUUUUCUCCUUUAUACAUCUCACAUCCUAGUAAGGUUGAUGAUUCUGUCCCACUGAGUUAACUGAAUUUUCCUGAAUAGGGAGGGGGGUGGUCUGCCCAUGUGAAUAGCACAACCCUUUUCUGCUGAAAGUUAGCCCAUGAAGAAGAGAGCCACAAAAAGCUGAAUUCACAUCAGUGAUGGGGGCUGUCAAGCAAGACUUGCCUCAAGUGACUGUGGGGCUGCUGAGGCCACUUUGCCUUUUCAGACCUGCACUUGUUUUAAACCCCUUACUCGUGGGACACUUUUGCAAGAUGCCAUUGAAGAAAAUAUCUUGAUGCGAAAAAGCAGGAUAGGUCAGAUAGAUUUGAAAGACGAAAUCUGUGAACUCCUCGAUCCAUCUUUUGCUUUUGAAUUUUUCAUGUUUACAGUAGUGAUUCUUUGGUAAGAUUUGUAAAAUGUUGAAGACACUUGUAGAAUCAGUGUACCAGUUGUGAAGUGAUGUGUAAUAACUGAAGGAUACACAUUUUAAAAUUUCUUUCAAAGCAGAAUAUGGAAAUUAGACAUUUUACCUGCAUUUGGUACUUUUAAAAUAAUUUAAGUACUUAGGUUUAAGUAAAUUUGGAAAUAGUUUUGGGAAAUUCUUUUAAAGUACCAGGGUUUUAGGGUAAAAAAUCAUGUUGGAUAGUUUAGUAAGUUGGUGACUAUGAAAUGAAUAUGUGAGGUUUCUUCUUGCCUGCCUUCCCUGCCCCCUGCCCCAGAGAAGGGUGGAGCUAGAUUUUAAAGCAUUUCUACUCCACUUUUGCUGAGAAGUUUCACUGUCCCUUAAGAUACCAUUGGCUAUUUAUACCUGAGUCCAGUCUAAUUUACAUAUAUAUAUAUUUUAAAAGAUGAGCAGAGAGAACAUAUCUAUUAGUGAAGUGGUACAAUAAUUCAUUUGUCAGGGAAUAUUUGAUCUUGAUUCCUUUCUAAUAGGUAAAAAUUUGGAUGUAUUUUCCUAUUUCCUAUAUGUAUUCUCUUUAUGCCAUGCUAGUUCUAACCAGUCCCUUCUUUGGAAGCUUUUCUUUCUCUGCUUUUUAAAGGAAUGAUGGUGAUCAGCAGGCAUUAUGCAGAUACCAUGUGCCUGGGAUUAUGGAGGGGAAAUGUCACAUGACUGUAUGGAAUCAUGAUAUGCCCUAUUUUGUAUUUAUUGAAGUUUCUUUGGGGGCCAAAAAUAUGUAUGUAAUAUAUUUACUUUUUUUUAAAUCAUGUUAAUUGAUUGGAAAGUUUAUUUUUAAUAGCUUUGCCUUUUUUGCAGAUUGAGAAAUUUCUAAAUUAUAAAUUAUGUCUCAAAGCAAAAUUAUAUUUGGUAUCACCAUAAAUUUCUAUUCUGAGGGGUGAGAACAGAUCAUUUGAGUAUUUCUCACCUGUGAACCUGUGUCAGUAGCUUUUUACUUUAGUGCACUGUAACGAAAUAAUGAGUAGUUACCUCUGCUCCUGUCCUUUAGUUUGCUGUGCUAUUUUCACAUCCCAUUGUCGUCAUCACUAGGUAACACUGAAUUCCCAGCAAUUUUGUUUUGUCUCCAUUGUGUACUAAUUAAAGGUCGUAGCAGAGUAGCACAUGGACUUUCUGUUAGCCCUUCUUUGACAGCGAAGGGCAGGUCAUGGUUAGGUGAUUUGAAUUAUUUCUGGCUAUUUGUCCCUUGUGUUAGCUGCAUAAAAAUCUUCAGUUAUCAAAACUGAGUUUGCAGUAAGUUGCACAUUUUAUUGUUUGCAAUUUUCUGUUUUAUGUGCAUUUAAAAGCCCUUCUCUGCUUUCUAGUUGGGAGGCAUGAAAUGAUCAGGAAUGUUGCCAGUUACAGCUUCACACCAAAAACGUUGAGGAAAUACACUUUAGAUGCCCGCCAUGAUAGCUGAGGAAAGGGCACUUUUAGAAAGUACCAGUGUAGGGUUGAAUAAUUAGCAAAAACAAACUUUUCCUCUUUGCAUCUACUUCAAAACAAAUAUCCAAGCUUGCAGUUUGCUUUGCUGUUGCUGUUGCUUGUGAAUCCCUUUUUGGAAGAGAGAAGAACAUCGAUAAGCCCAGAGAUAUCCAUGAUGUUUUGCUUCUAGUUUUCAGAGUUCUAGUCCUAUUAGUAGUAGGUUUGCUAUUAAUAUGCAAAAAAGAGAAUGAAGUGUCUUUUACUCCAGAAAUAUGAAAAUUAGUGUCUUUUAAAAUAACAUUUGUGUUAUAAGGCAAUACUGGAAUCAAAAACAAAUCUUAUAUAAGGUCCUAAUUAGGUAGAAACUAGCUUUUAUUCUAGCAUUCAAUGUAUGAGAGACGACAAAGAAGGUUCACUCUGUUUCUGCAGUUCUUUGGGACCAUUUACAAAGGCCAGUUAGAUUGUGUUACUGUGAUUUACUUUUCGAAGUUGCUGCAGUUAAUGGAUACGUUCUGUGAUCUGAGGAUCUAAUACUCAUGACUGUGAUCUAUAGCAUCUGAAGAAAAGAUGGGCUUUCUCUCCUUUAAACUGUUAAUAUUAUUUUAAUAAAAGUACUUAAGAUGUUGUUUUUUCCUGUGUAAAAAUGGCUUAGCAAUGUUCCUAUCUCGGUAGGUUAUGUAGCUAGUAAACAAUUCAGGAUAGUGAAUAGCAAUCACACUUCACCCACCAAGUGACAGACUAUGCAAUGGAAAAAUUUUCUAAUUAUUGUCACAUAGCUUACACAGCAAAGGAUUAUUUUCUGUAGUAAACCUACCGUGUGUAAUAUGCCUACUUUAUAAAUGACUUCCUGAGCAAUUUCAUGUUGGCAGGCAGUGUGCUGUGUCUAGUGUCCCUCUAUGAGAUUAUAAUGUAAUGAGAAGCAAAUAGUAGGUAUGGAGAUCAAGUUGCAAAGUGAAUUUUUAUUUUAUUUUCUUUAAAAUUGGUGUUACUGUCUUUAGUGGUUUAAGAUUAAAGAAAGCUAAUACUUUAUCUUUGCCAAAUACUAUUUAUAAAAUUUAUUUCUUAAAUAAGCCCAAUCUCUCAGCUGAAGUUAGGGAUCAUCGUUUCUGACUAACACUAAACCUUUUCCUUAUCAGGACUUGUCCUCAAAACAUGAUUACAAUCCACAGUGGCAAAGGCAGUUCUUGGAGCAGGAAGGAAACUGUGUGUCCAUGCUACACACAGGUGCCCCUGCCAUCCAGGUUUCAUCCUACAUGAGAGAAGUUACAUUUCCAUUUCCAUUGACCUAUAGCGUGGACUUUUUAUAAAUUGACAUUAGAAUUCGAGCACACAAUGCAUAAAUUACUGAUCCUGCCUGGGAUCCUUUCUGUGCCCUUACACCAUGAGGGUGCUGGUGAUGGUUGAUCAGCUUCAUCAGCAAUAUCUGUAUCAGGUUAUUGCUUUUUAAAAAAAGUUGUUGUGGAUUGAUAUCUCAAAAAGAUGAAGACAUUAACACUAAUUAUUUAAUGGUUUAAAAUUUAUUAAAAAUUUUAGGUGUGUAGUUUUCAGUUCCUUCAUCCUUUUUAGUCUUCUUUUAAAAUUCUAUUAAAUUCUACUCUUAAUCUGUCAUAUAGGGAAUAAUUGAAUACAGCGGUCUGCUGAAUGGUCAACCAAACUCUCCAGUUUAAUGAGGCAAUGUAGAGGAUUUCUUGGAAGAAAAUUUAGUCAUACUUCAUUUGAAUCUGCUUUAUCAUCAAAACCUACAUUGUCAUAAAAUUUUUUUUCCUGAAAAAAAGUAUAUUACUGGGGGGGAUAUGUGCACAUGCACACACACACACACACACACACACACACACACACACAUUCCUAUAUGUCCAUGUGUAUACAUAUGUGUACACACAUGUAGAUAUUCAUUCAAGAAUGAACAUCUAUUUUUCCCCCUCGAUAAUUUGAAAAUAACUGAAUCUUUACUGGUGUUCUAUAAAAAGUGAAACAAUUUGAUGAUUUCUUAGUAUCUUGGCCUUUAUAAGUUUUCCUAUAUCAUAUUCUAGAGUGAGCCAAAAUCGUAUUUUGUAAAUUAAAGUAACAUUUUAAGUAAAAUAUCUGUGAAGAACAUGUAUUGAUAUCUGUUAAGGAUUUUCCCUUGACCAGUGAGUUAGGAAGGAAAAUACAAGCAUAUAUAAAUUGUUGUGUCUCUUUGAUAACCAGCAUAAUUAAAGCUGCAAUGUGGGUUAAAUUUAGAAAGCCUUUUCUUUUUUUACUCCAGUUCUUGUAUUUUGGUAACUUUUCUCUCUGUGCUUUGAUACAGAAUUUGGAAAAGACAAGUCAUUUCAGAGAGCAAAUUUGGUGCGACUUUCUUUACUCCAAGUUCCUGAAUAUCAGGAAUGUUUGGGUAGCUUGAAGAGCAGAGUUCUGGGUGAUCUAAAGCUUAGUCUGACAUAGUCCCAUUAGAGAGAAAUCUGAACUCUAGGAAGCAGUGUUGUGCAGCACCGCUUUCCUCCCUCCCUUCUGCCUGCUUGUCUCCGCCCAUCCCUAGUACUAAAGUAUGCACGUGCACACGUACGCUGUACUGAUCUUGGCUGAAGAGUAAUAGAAUCCUCUUCUUUCGCUUGUUUUUUUUUGUUGUUGUUGUUAUUGUUAUUGUUGUUUUUGUUUGUUUGUUUUUCUUAAGCUGGGGACCACUGAAGUAAGCUCUAUAUGCACCCAAAGUUCCCCAUGGAAAACUUUUCAACACGCAGUGCAGAAGGCUCCAAUGCAGCUAAAUGUCACGCCUUUGCUUUUACUUGGGGAAUAGACUGAUUUGCCCUGAAAUGACUCCAACCUGCAUCAUUAAGGUACAGUUGGCUCCAACGGAUUAGUGUUGAAAUGAAGAAAAGCUUGACACUUGCUGACAUUGUUUUCAUCUGUCUGGAAGGGUUGAAUCAGUUCCUCUCAACAGUGACAGUUCUUUUCACUGUAUAGUAUUGAGUAUGUCUCAGGGAUUCCUUGUGGAAAUUAGGACAGUUUUUAAAAAUAAGAAAACAAUUUUAAAAGAAACUAAAGGUGACUCAUCAUUGAAGAGAGCGCAAGAAAGAGAAAAUGUGGUUUAGUAGCGCAUGGUGUCUCGCCUAGGACUUCUUUCCUUUCUACUUCAGGCUCUCAUCUCAGCUUCAGCAUACAGAAUCCUUUCCCAUCAUGCACAGCUUUAAAACUUUUAUUUAAAAAUUUCCUUCCCCCAUGAGCUUUCAGAAUACUUAUUGUAGAUUUUAAGAGAAAAGGUAUAUUAAUUUAUGCUAUUAACAUCACCUCAUAAAUUAUAAGUUUUAUACUAAAGCUGUAUUGAGUGUAAUGAAUUAUGUUGCCUAUGUGUUUAAUAGCUAAAAAAUUAUAUAAGCUUUUUUUUUUUUUUUUUUUGACAAAACAAACUAGUGAAGCACCUUUUUACACUGGAUCUCUGCCGUGUCAAGGUGUAUAGCUAUCCUUUGCUACCUUGCAGAUAUAUAAAAUAAAAAGGAUAUCCUGGGGCCUCAAAGCGUAGGACACCUUUAGACCAUUUAUUAUUGUUCAUAGAACUGUUGAGAAUAAUGUUCUUUAGUAAAUGAUCUGUGGUUUACACUUAAGAUGGCUAGAAGCUUAGUUACAGGGUAAAUAGAAAUACAUAGAUCAAGUAAAACUCCAACUACUGUAGCUGGAAUUUGUAAACUAAGUUUUUAAGACCUCUUUUAUUUCCUAUGGAUUUAUUCUUUAAUUUACAGUUUAUUCUGUAAGUUGGGAAGUAAAAUAGAGAAAAUAAUAAGUCUAGAUGUUCUCAGUGUCUUAUUCAGGAACUUUUUUAUCCCUCCUCACUAAGGAAUUCCCACUGUGACUUAAAAAUAGAAUUAAAUUACUUGUGUGCAUGUAUAUGUCUGUUUUUACACACAUGCAAAAAUAUUCAUUGGGGCACGUGUGUGAGAGAGAUGAAUGUGUGCUAAUGUACAAAUAGAGAAAGGUAACUGAAUGUAUUGUAGAAAUAUGAUUUAUUUAGUUGAGGGUAUUAGAGUUAACUUUCUCAUUGUCUCUGUUGUAUAAAUAUACCAAAUUCUUCACUAUGUUAUAUUAUGUUAAAAGGCUAGCUCUGAUAUCAUGUGCAUUUUAUUUUAACUUUUGGAUUAACUUAUGUUUUUUAAGUGACAUGAGAAACAGCAGAUUCUAAGACCAGCCUCUCACUUUUGAACAUAAAAGCAAAAGAGGGAGAGACAGAUAGACAGACCCAGAUAGGAGCUGUGUAUAUCCAGUGGGGUGAUGGGACCAGACAUCUGUUGAACCUCUUUUAUGUUAAUAAUAGAUUUCUUAAUAUUCUGGUAAUAAAAUAUUAUUGCUCAUCUUUUCAUGAUGAUGUUAAAAAUUAAGGCCUUUUAUAAAGAAUCAUUUUUUGAAGGGGAGUUGUUGGGAUCAUUUCACCAUGCAUAUUUUAAAGCUGGAGUGAUUCAGUUAUUUCCAAACAUUUUUUUAAAAAAUUAUUCAGUUUGCCAUUAGUUAGGAAGUCAGAGGGCCCCUUCUCCUAUCUUUUGGCUGUAGGAAAGAUUAUGCCACCCUUGACUUUUACCUGAUUCAUGUGGAAUUAAAAAACAUUCCUUUGAGUUUUAAUUACCAUUUUGCUAUACACUCUUUACUGGAAUGUCUGGUGGUCUAAAAUAGUCAAAAUUAGAGUUAUUAAGUGUUCCAGUCACAUUUAUUUUUAAUAUUAAAAAAUCAUGUGCUUUGAGAUAUAUCAAAACAACUUCUGAUAGCCUAUCUGCAUUUGUAGUCCUCUUUGAAACUUCAUUGACUUCAUCUUAGAUAUAGUUAAGACCUAGGAAAGCUUUAUAUGUUGUUCUUUUACAGUUGUAUCUUUAUUCUUAUAGCAUCUCCCAGUUCCAUUCACUCUUGCUUUUGGAUUUUAAAAAUCUGCAUUUCUUGUACAUAUGCAUGCAAAUGAAAGAAGGGAGUUUGUAUUGGUGCCAUUUCUCCCUUCAGUUGCUGGUUAAUGGAAUUUGCUAGAAUAAAUUCCCCCUGGUUGAAGGGUAAAAACAGACCCUUUUGUGUAUAUCUGUACAGAGAUGUGUAUAUGGGAUGUGGUGGCACUUUUGCUGAAUGUGAACUUGCCUUGUCAAUGGAAAGACUGAAAAGUAUUAUGUUUAUUUAUACAUUUGUAUAAAUCUAUAUAUACACGUAUGUAUAUGUGUGUGUAUAGAUAAAGCUAUAUACAUAUAUUUCCCUAAAAAAAUGUGUGUGUAUAAUAGGUCACAGCCUUUGUUAAGCAGGAUUAUACAUCUAUGGGAAAUUCUGGAUUAUUCUGUAAGCCAGAGGAGGUAACCAUCUAGAGUACAUCAUCAGAACAUACUAAAAUGCAAGUCCUUUGGACCGUAGUCUUAAGGCUGUCAGAAAUGAUGUCUAGCUACUUUUACUCGCCAGUUACAUUCUCUUCAUUGUCCCUACCUUCUGCUUGUUAAUCUGUCAUCAUUAAAAACAAAAUCACACAUCAUUGUGUUUUUCCCCUUUUAUUAUGUCCUUUCAAUCUAGAAGCAUUUGACUUAAGCAUAUUAAAUUAAUUUCUCAAUUGUUUCUUUUAAAGAUCUUUAUCUCUGAAUUGUCCCAGAAAAUAGGAGUAUUCUCUAUAGUAGUUUUCAGAAUUGAGUAGUCAUCUUUGUCUUAAAAACAAAACAACAAAAAAAAAAGGCAACAUUCAAGCAAAACUAAUUUAGAAAGUUUUACAUAGAUAAUUUUGGUUAUUUUGCUUACUUUGAUAAAAAGUUAUGAUUUUAUGAUUGGUAUUAGUGUCAGAUUUAUUUUCACACUUAUUGUCAUCAAAUGGUCAUUUAAGUAGUUUGUUUUGCUUUGUGAUUAAAUCAUAAAUUUACCAUUUACAUUUUAAAGGAAAGCAUACAAAGUCACAUGUAAGCCUCUUGAAUUCUGUAACAAUUCACUUUACUCAUGAAGAAACUGCUUUAAUUAAUUCUGCUAUAUUUCCUUUUGACUUUUCUUACAGUUGUGAUUUUCUGUUUUAACUUUGCUGCAGCUCUCUAGAAAACUCGCAUCCCUAUAUAUUGUGCCUUUAAAUCUCUUAUGCACACACAGACAAAAGUGUAUAUAUACAUGUUGGAGCAUGUGUACAUAUACUUUGGUACAUACUCACACAGUAUGUCUCUAUAUAUUGUGGGAGUAGACGUAUAGAUUUUCAAAGGCAAUGAAAUGUUGCUCUCUAGAUAUAUAUGUAUAUAAAUAGUGUUGAUAUAACUGUAUAUACACAUGUAUAUGUAUGACUUUUAAAUGGCAAUCUUUUACAUUUAGCAAAAUGCUGCCCCUACUGGAAUAUUGUCACUGCGAUGGCAGUUGUAUGUAAUGAUUUAAAAUACAUUAUCAAAAAUUAUUUAAAGAACAUUUAAAAGUCUCAUCUAAAGACAUCCACACAUUAUUUAUUUAUCUUCCUUUUCCUUUUAUUGUUAUGUUUGUUUAACUGAAAGGGAGACUUUUAAAAAAAACGCCAUCUGUCCCAUGAGAGACAAGAUUCACUUGAAGAACUUUGUGCAUUUUUUCUCUCUCUGAAAUGGAGAUCUACCACAGCCCAGCCUGUUUGUUUCAUUUAUAAAAUGACCCUAAUAUUUCCAUUAGUGUGUGUCAUCCCCCCUCUUCUAGAUCAACUUAAUUCACCAGUUUGCCUCUUCCUUUCAUUAAUAAAUAAUGAUCAUUGUGACCAUUUUGCCUGGGGGGAAGUUAACUACUCUCUUGCUGCAGGGAAAUAUAUCACCUAAUUGUUAUUCUGCCUUGUUCAAAAUUCAACUUUGAAAGAAGACAGCUCUCUGGGGAAGCUAUCUUAAGCACAUUUUGCAUUUAUUUAGUUAAAGGUCUUCCCAGUCAUUUUCUUAAAAAAAGAACUCCAAGUUGCAUGUAUUUGUCAUACAUUGAAUUUUUAUUCCCCACAGCUUCAGGUAAUUUUCAUUAGUAGAUUAGCUUGACACACUGAAUACAAGAACAUAAAGGAAAAAAAAAAAAAAACUGUUGAAUAUCAUUUUAUUUUUUGAUGAGUUGGUAGCAGAUUACAUCUCAAGAAUUUGCAGAGAGAGGAAGGUGGAUGGACAAUCCUAAACCUUAAGAUGUUAGAGGGGGUAAAAAAGAACACGGGAACCCCGGAAGACUAAAUGGAGAGGUUGGGGUUUGAAUGAUUUUACAGCGCAGCUUAGCUGGAACUUGAUAUCAGAAGCAGCCUUUAACAAAAAAGCCUCUUCUUGGCACUAACUAUAGAACUGAAGCCGAAGUUGAAACCAAGUUGCAGUGGGAAAUCAAAGGUGAGGUGGCUGAUUUGAAACCAGUAAAUGACAGACAGGUCAGACAGUUUUAAAAUCUCUUCUAACAAAGUAACUGCACGGUAGCAAGGACUAGCCGUUCUCAAAGCCCUUCUUUUUCAGUGUUCUCAUUCACCUUGGCACACAAGUAUGUUUAAUAUGCCAUACAUUAAAAAUAUUUAGAAAACAAAACAAAAAGCUGCUUAAAGGGAAUUUACGAACCGAGAAUCUCCUCCUGUGUUUGUGUUAAUGGUGUGGCUGCAAGCUUAGUCAUAUGCACAAAAACUAGGAGCCACUCGUUUCUGCAAACAGCAGAAGGAAGACAGGAGGUGGCAGGUUUUGGUGGGGCCCACAUGGAGUGGAAAGGCAGUCUGUGGCAUAGGGGGUAGUGUUGCUGGCAGAACACCUUUUGAGAGAUGAUAGGCUUUGGGUUUGUAAUUUCCCUUUAAACAAGAAGAGAUGGCUCACAUUUUCCAUAUAUAUCUCAAUGAAUGUACUGUAUUACUGUUUUAAAAAUUUGAUGAAAUAAUAAUGGAUUGGUCUCCUUUUGUUAUCUGGUCCUUGUUUAAUUUGUUUAAGGGUUUUUGUAUACAAAAGUUUACAUUUUUAUGUAUAUUUUUCUUGUGUAAAAACUGAUGUAAUAUGUGUAUAAAACACUGUAUGUAUUAUCUGUAUAUAGUGUGACAAAAUGAUUUUUCUUUCUUUCUUUUGGAUGUAUUAAUAAAUCUUGCUGUGAAGUA